AUGGUCAACACGUUCUUUGGCCUGCCUCUCAAGCAGGUCUCGCUUGCUGUGCUCACCAUCCAAAACACAGCUCUCGGCGUCGUGAUGCACCACAGCCGCGUAUCUGCCCCAGCCGGAAAAGCCUACUUCUUUCCCACCGCUGUUCUCCUCACGGAGCUGCUCAAAUGCACCAUAUCAUUCGCCAUUGCCGCCGUCUCUAUACCCAACCGGACCGACUCGCUCCCCCUCCCGUCAGGUUCGAUCAAGACGUCAGCUUCCUCCAAACGUAAAUACUCCACUCCGGAGCACGACGCAAUACAGCCACUCGGAUCCGACGGCGCUUCACCCGCACUUACUCCCAGCUCCAGGCUUAAACUCGUAUUGGAUGAGGUCGUAGCCGAAGACUAUUGGAGGCUCUCCAUUCCCGCUUUCCUCUAUGUCCUCCAGAACAAUCUUCAGUACAUUGCUGUCUCCAACCUGGAACCGCCCGUCUUCAUCUGCGCCUACCAGAUGAAGAUCCUCACCACCGCCUUCUUCAGCAUCGUCCUCCUUCGCAAAAAGAUCGGCAUGUGGCAGUGGAUCUCGCUUGGCAUGCUGGCCAUAGGCGUCGCCAUCGUCCAAAUUCAGAGCAAAUCCGUCUCUGGUCUCGUUCCCUUUGAAGUCCACUCUCACGGCUACGGCCAUGUCUCAGCCGGUCCUACGGCCGAUCUGCCCCCUCCUCCACCCCCUCCUCCAUUCGAUUCGCAUCGCGCACCACCUCCAGAACGCCUACCUAGCAUCGGCUCCUUCCUCUCUGGCUCCGAAAAGAAGGACUACGACAACUUGCCCCCAUCAUCGCCUUCCUUUGAUGGCUCACGUAUAUCCAUGAGCAUGGAGGAGAGCGCCAGAGCCGACAAGCCGAUGCAGCCCAUCCAGGGAUUUCUCGCCGUCAUUGCUGCAUGCUUCACAUCAGGCCUCGCAGGCGUCUACUUCGAAAUGGUCCUCAAGACAUCGAGCGCCAACCUUUGGGCCAGAAACGUCCAGCUUUCCGGCUGGUCUUUGCUCCCUGCAGCGCUCCCCGUCCUCCUCGAGAUGGCUCGCCACGGCGUACAGUCGCCUUUCCUGCAUUUCGGCGUCAGCGCCUGGGCCACCGUAGCGCUGCAAGUCACAGGUGGCUUAGCCGUCGCCAUGGUCAUCAAACAUGCAGACAACAUCUUGAAGGGCUUCGCUGUCAGCUUCAGUAUCGUUCUCAGCUUUGGCUUCAGCGUCGCAUUUUUCAACUUCCCAUUCACCGCUCCGUUCGCCGCAGGCGUCGCAUUGGUCAUCCUGAGUACCCUCUCUUAUUCCCGCGGACCCGCGAAAUCACUUACAAAAGCGUCGUCCACUUGGAACGCCGUUGCAGACGCGGCUUCGUCUUCUACGACCUCUUCCUUCCGCGACAAGGCACGGCUCCUCAGAGACUGA